CCCCCUUCCGCGGGGUGAGAGGUCAGCUGAGCUCUGAUCGCCCGGGCGACAAUGGCGGGGCUCUUGGUAGGGACAUUCGCGCUGGUCGCGGCCGGACGGCGGGGGCGGCGGCCCCCUCCUCAGCUGAUGCGGAGCGCGGCGCUGUGGACCCUGAAGCAUGCUCCACACUAUUCAGAACGGUGCUUACUAGUGUCCCGUUGUCUCAGUUCAGUGGGAUAUGAUCCUAAUGAAAAAACUUUUGAUAAAAUACUUAUUGCUAAUAGAGGAGAAAUUGCAUGUAGGGUUAUUAAAACUUGUAAGAAGAUGGGCAUUAAGACGGUUGCCAUCCACAGUGAUGUUGAUGCUAGUUCUGUUCACGUGAAAAUGGCGGAUGAGGCCGUCUGUGUUGGCCCAGCUCCCACCAGUAAAAGCUACCUCAACAUGGAUGCCAUCAUGGAAGCCAUUAAGAAAACCAGGGCCCAAGCUGUACAUCCAGGUUAUGGAUUCCUUUCAGAAAACAAAGAAUUUGCCAAGUGUUUGGCAGCAGAAGAUGUUAUUUUCAUUGGACCUGACACACAUGCUAUUCAAGCCAUGGGUGACAAGAUUGAAAGCAAAUUAUUAGCCAAGAAAGCAAAGGUUAACACAAUCCCUGGCUUUGAUGGGGUAGUAAAGGAUGCAGAUGAAGCUGUCAGAAUUGCAAGGGAAAUUGGCUACCCGGUCAUGAUCAAGGCCUCAGCAGGUGGUGGCGGGAAAGGCAUGCGCGUCGCUUGGAAUGAUGAGGAGACCAGGGAGGGGUUUAGAUUUUCAUCUCAAGAAGCUGCUUCUAGCUUUGGUGAUGAUCGACUACUAAUAGAAAAAUUUAUUGAUAACCCUCGUCAUAUAGAAAUCCAGGUUUUAGGUGAUAAACAUGGAAAUGCUUUGUGGCUUAAUGAAAGAGAGUGCUCAGUUCAGAGAAGAAACCAGAAGGUGGUGGAGGAAGCACCAAGCAUUUUUCUGGAUCCGGAGACUCGAAGAGCCAUGGGAGAACAAGCUGUGGCUCUUGCCAGAGCAGUGAAGUACUCCUCAGCUGGAACCGUGGAGUUCCUGGUGGACUCCAGGAAGAACUUCUACUUCCUAGAAAUGAAUACGAGACUGCAGGUUGAGCAUCCUGUCACAGAAUGCAUCACUGGCCUGGACCUAGUCCAAGAAAUGAUCCGUGUUGCUAAGGGUUACCCGCUCAGGCACAAACAAGCUGAUAUUCCCAUCAAUGGCUGGGCCGUGGAAUGCCGGGUUUACGCUGAGGACCCCUACAAGUCUUUUGGUUUACCGUCUAUUGGGAGAUUGUCUCAGUACCAAGAGCCGAUACAUCUACCUGGUGUCCGGGUUGACAGUGGCAUCCAACCAGGAAGUGAUAUCAGCAUUUAUUAUGAUCCUAUGAUUUCAAAAUUAAUCACCUAUGGCUCUGAUAGAACGGAAGCCCUGAAGAGGAUGGAGGACGCACUGGAUAAUUAUGUUAUUCGAGGUGUUACACAUAAUAUCGCAUUACUUCGAGAGGUGAUAAUCAAUUCACGCUUUGUAAAAGGAGACAUCAGUACUAAAUUUCUGUCGGAUGUAUAUCCUGAUGGCUUUAAAGGACAUGUGUUAACAGAGAAUGAGACACACCAGCUAUUGGCAAUUGCAUCAUCGUUGUUUGUGGCAUCCCAGUUACGAGCCCAACAUUUUCAAGACCAUUCAAGAAUGCCUGUUAUUAAGCCAGACGUGGCUAAGUGGGAGCUCUCCGUAAAAUUACACCAUGAAGAUCACACUGUCAUAGCAUCAAGCAGUGGCUCAGCAUUCUCUGUGGAAGUUGAUGGCUCGAAACUAAAUGUGACCAGUACGUGGAACUUGGCUUCGCCCUUAUUGUCUGUCAACGUUGAUGGCACUCAGAGGACUGUGCAGUGUCUUUCUCGAGAAGCUGGUGGACACAUGAGCAUUCAGUUUCUUGGCACAGUGGCCGGCCUCAGAAGGCCUGUCCCAGCAGAUGCAGUCAGAGGUGCAGGGCUUUUCCAGGCUCCCGUCAAGAAACUCCUGUGAUUCUUCAAGACUCUGCAAAGGAAAUGGAUGUCAAGGUUUUUCUCUGCUCUUCUCUCAGUGAGGCUUCGAAGCCAGGUCAGCAAGAGAAGGAUCGUGAGCCUAUGUCUAAAUCUCAGUGAUGUCCAGACAAACAUAAAUUCAUGGAGAAUCCAGUGAGGUGUGUAAAACCUGGUAAAUUUCUCCCUAAAAGGAACUUCCCGUUGGGAACACUGUAGUUCCAGCCCGUGGAGCCACAUUCUUGAACACUGGGAGUUUCAGAGCCCUCUGCCUUUUCUUGCCAGGUGAAGAUGGGUAAGUCGGCCUCCCAAAGUAUAGAUGUUUUCCUUUUUCCUUCACAAAGUGUCUUCUAUAUUCCAGACACCGGAACCCCUACUGCUAGUCAGCUCUUCGUUGCUGUGACCAAAACACCCAACAAAAACAACUCAGAGGAGGAAAAGUUUCAUAUUUCCGAGGCUCAGUCCAUGGCUGGCCAGUCCCAUUGAUCGGGGCUCUAGGUGAGGCAGAGAAUCCCUGUGGAAGGGCAUGGUGGAGGGAGCUGGGCACAGGAGCUGACACAGCCAGGAGCCGACAGAGAGGGAAGUGACCAUCUCCUCCAGUCACCUCCUUCCCAAGGUAGCGCCCCCUACGGAAAUCCUUCCAGAUCAUUAUCCACCAAAUGGAUUGAUUUGCUGCUGAGGUUACGGCUCUCAUAACUGAGUCGUUUCACCUGUGAAUACAGACACAGGGGCUUUGGGAGGACACCUCAUAUCCAAGCUGCGACACCUUCCCUCAGGGAAGUUAUCACACUACAUAGUGGAGAAGACAUCCAGAAAGAGAUGCCGCGAAUCAGUUGGCAUCCACAGUAGUGAGUAAAGAGCCUUAAAAUGAAAACUUUAAAACAUUCGUGUGGACAAAUGUACUCCUUUUCCCCCCUAGUUAAAAUUUACAUAACAUAUCAUCUACCACUUUAAAACUUCGAUAAGUAGCAUAUUCACAGGGUAGUGCCUCAGUCGUCUCAUCCACAAUCAUCUCUAUCCAGUUCCACCAUGUUUUCAUCAUCCCAGCAGGAAAGCCCAUCCCAUUAAGCAGCCCCUACCAGCAACCACUAGUCUGCUCAGUCUCUGAAUUUCCUGUUCCAGAUGUUUCACAUAAAGGGAAUCACAUCCUGUGUGACUUUCGUGUCUGGCUUCUUUCAAUAGAACAGUCUCUUUGAGAUUCAUGGAGAUUGUCUCAGCACCCCAUCCUUUUUUUAUGGCUGCAUAAUAUUCUAUCAUGGACAGCCAUUUUCUUCCAGUGUGCUUAAAAAUGAACUCCUCCAUAUUGAGCUCUGUUGGAGCAGUAUUUCCUGACAUGAGAGUGGUCAUUUAAUGAUUCAUCUCCAUUAUGUUAGCAUUCUUCCUUAUAAUGGAGAACGUGUAUUCUGCUGUCCCCCUGCGUUAUCAAAUCCCUGUAACAAGGCAUUGGCUCUGUUCUCUGGAUCUGGGAACUUGGCAAUGACUGCAGACAAGACUCCCAUUUGCACAGCAGGAGAAAAAAUCGAUGUCAGUUCAUGUCAUUGUUGAAAACCAUGACUGUGGUAACAUGUGGAGGCCUCUCCCCAAGUAGCGAAAUCCCCCGUGUGUAGGCAGCGCACCGCCAUCGCUCAGCACAGCACCUUUGACCGAGUUGAAAACCAGCCUGUGCUGCGGCCAGAAGAGGCUGGGGAAAGCUAUUUCCCCUCGCUCAGCUGCUGUGCUCACAAAGCCGGUGAACCCAGGAGCUGGCUGCCCAGGGAGGGAAUUGUUCUGCUCGAGGUUUGGCAGAGAGAUGUGGCUAAUCUCCAAUUCCUCGAGAUGUAAACAGUUGGUGACAAGUUUGUAAUGCCGAUGCCAAGGACUUUACUCUUUAGCAGAGAAACCCUCCCAAGUACUUUCUUCUGGUCCAGGCCUUGCUCUUUCUAGGCCAUGGAUUUGCCUGGUCUUCCCAGGACCACUAGUCCACCUCUCUUAUUUGGCAGGUAGCAGGCAAGCCUUGGGCCCUCAGGACAGACUGUGCGCGGGGCAGGUGGUGCCUUGUCACAGAGCCCUCGGCUCUGCCAGCGGCCUCCCCGGCUCGAGCUUGUGUUCCAGCUGUUCCAGGGGAGAUGGAAUGCAAGUGUGCAUUGCAAAGCACUUGGCUAUGAAGGAGCAUGUUUGUCCCAUCCUGUGACAAAGAUAAGACCAAAGCGUAUGUGGACUUGAUGGCCUAAUGUAUACAAAUCUUAAGUAUAUCUGAUCUUAAAAAAACGGGUGUUUUUUUUUUCCCCCACAGUGGAUAGUUUUCAAACAUCACAGAAGCAGCGAAGGAAAAACUACUCUGUGUGUUCCUAUUGCUUCAGACCUUUGAAGGAGAUUGAAUUUAUUGCCCCCAGACUAAGAAUCUAUAAUACAGGGUUUUUGUCUUGUUUUGCUUUGAUGUUCAGUGCUGAGGACUGAAGCCAGGGCUUCAUGCAUGCACUGCACUACAGAGCUGCAUUCCCAGCCCUUUCUUUUAUUUUGAGAUAGUGUCUUGCUGGCUUGCCCAAGAUAGCAUCAAACUUGGGAUCCUCCUGCCUCAGCCUCCCAAAUAGCUAGGAUUAUAGGCAUGGCAUGUGCCACCAUACCUGGCUUGAAUACAGAGUUUUGAAGGAAAAUUCAGUUAAACCAUGCUUCUGUUAUUUAGGAAGAAGGAAUAACAGAGUCUUCUCCUCCUCCUCUACCUUCUCCUCCUCCUCCUCCUUAUCUCCCUCCUCUUCCUCCUCUUCUCACAGAUGAUGUUUGGAAACUACUCUUAGAUUGGUCUCCCUCUGAACUUAGUUGAAUUAGGAAACCAGGUAAAAAUGGAGUCCUGCCAUCCAGGAAAAGAGCUAAACUAUUCUGGUUGAAUACAUUUUCUCCUGGGGCCUUCUUCAGAUUGAGGUGAUUGGUAUUAAAAUGCAUAGUGUUAAAAAAAGGGGGGAUGUGUUUUUAGACUCUCCAAAUUCUAAUAAGAUUUGUAGAACUCGGGGUGUGAUUUCUUCCUGCAGACCUCAGAUCAAGGGCAACAGUGAUCUAGUAUUUAUAUUUUGUUAUCAUUUGUUGAGGCCACAUUUCUCCUUAGGGAUAAUUUCUUUUAAUAUUAAAGUUUCUUUUCAAAAGAUUUAUAUUUAAUGUCUAUAUAAUAACAUAUGCAUUCUAUUUGAGGUUCCCUUGCAAACUUCCCUUGGACUUUCAUUUUUAAUAAACCAAGAAAUCAAAGGAACAAUCCCCCAGUUGCCCAGAUAUUGGGCAGUUAUGUCGGGUUUUGGUUCAUAUGAAAUUAGUAAACCUUUAAAGAGAACCUCCUUCCAGAGGACAGUGAGCACUGAGGUCUCCUCCACCCUCAGGUUACUCAUGGACUAUGGAGAGGCCUUGGCUUCUGUACUAACAUGUUUCCUUCCCUAACCUUGGUCUUCUGAUAAUGUGUAUGCUCAGACUCAGGACAGCAACAUUGAGGUCAAAGAAAAAUUAAUGAAUUGUAACAAUUAACACCAAAACACACCCCAAGCUUUGAGACAUGCAAUGAGUGAGACUAGAUAUAGGCAAAAGAUACCUGAGAGAGGCACCUCUUGUGAGUAGGCUUGGCCGUCUCAUAACAAAAUACCACAGACUGUGUGGUUCAACAACAGAGUUUUGUUACAGUUCUGGAGGCUGGAAAUCCAGCGUCAGGGUGUGGGGGGUUGUCUUCUCCUGGCCUUCGUCGUCUUCUCUUGGUUUUAGUCGGCUGUCUUCACAGGGCCUUUCUUGUGUGCGCACUCCUGCUGUCUCUUCCAUUCGUACGGGGAUGCUGGUCCUGCUGGAUAAGAACCCAACUUUACAGCCUGCUUAAAUCUGUUACCUUGUUAUAGGCCCAGCUCCAAAUACAGUCCUACAUGGGUUUAGGUUCCAAUGUGAAUUUGGUGGGAUACAGUGCAGUCUGUAAUAAGGUUGUAUUAAUAGCUAACGCAGGUACGACCUCCAGGCAUUGUGCCAGAUAAUUUAUACUCUCAUAUCAUAUUAUAAAUCUUUUUUUCUUCUUUUUUUGUGUGUGUGUGAGCUAGAGAUUGAAGGCCUUGUGCAUACUAGGCAUGCACUCUACCACCAAACUAUACCCCUAGCCCCUCAUUCAAAUCUUAAAGAAGUUUUACAUGUUUUUUAUGACACUAAUAAUUUUUAAAAGUUCUACAAGAUAAGCCGUGUUCACGCCAUGUAACAAAUGAGAAAACUGAGGCCUAGAAUGUAGAGUAACAUGCCACAGCGUCAGGACCCGAACCUGUUUUGUACACCCCAGCCCCGUACCUGUCAUUUCCUAAGUUGAUCUGUGAUUACUGUACAGAAAGAGAGAAUGUGCCACUCAGAGGUUUUCCUACCUGGAGCAAGAGUCACAGCCCCAACGUUUAGUGGCACAUGGCCACUGAGUCUAGACCAGAGCCCUCCUCCCCUUGGAAAGGCUCUGCCUGCCAUGAAUGGAGAAGGCCUGUGCUCACCCACAGUGGGAUGCGAGAUCAGUGUCCUCUGGGAACUUGUUAGAGACGCGCCCUGCCCACCUGAGCCAGAAGCUCUGGAGAGAGCAGCAGUCCUGUUUAACAAGCCUUCUGGGGGUUUCUGGUUGGCCAUGUGAGAAGCCCCUUGCUACCUUAGAGCUGUUUUGGGGACCAGGAGGGCCUCUUUUGCUUCUGUGUUUAGUAAACAACCACAGACUCUAAUUUACACUUCCACACUACAGUUAGGGGAUGUCCUGUUUCCCUGAACAAAUCUAUUUCAGAUUGUAAAUUUAUAAAAUGCCGUACACAUAGUUUCUUGGGAGUUUUAGAAGAAAAUCCAUCCAACUGAGAAUGAUCCAUUCUGAGUGGAUAGAGGAAGUCCAGUUUCUAACCUGAGAACCGGAGGUCCAUCCCUCAUCGGGGCGAGUGAACUAAGAUAGAUGCCGAGGAUGAGGGACCACUCUAUCCACCUCUCCAGGCUCAGCCUGCCUUGGCUUCCAACCCCGAGGAAGUGUUGCCAGGCAACAGAAUGGCCGAUACCCAGUACUUCUGGUCUCAGGAUUAUAGACACAAGGGAAAUGUCCCCUAGUCUUAUUUCAUGAACUCUUGUGUAGCAUUAUUUAAUUAUAACAGUGAAAGAAUGAGAUUUGAUUAGAUAGCUAUCACUUAUUUGCAAAUUAGUCCACAGGGAAAUGAUCCUAACUUCUGUGACUAAAGCUUUUGGCAGUGACUUUUGGCAUUUGGGGCCCUUUAGACUCUGAAACUCACUGAGUAGUUACGAUUUAUACAGUUAUUAUAUGAGAUAAAUAUAUCGGAGGGUGAAGGAUGGGGGUUUGGGGGAAAUUCUCAUGGAGUCAUUGCAACCAGGCAGGGCUCUCUGUUAUAUGCAGAUGAUCAGUCAUGCCGGGCUGGGGAUGUGACUCUGUGUAGAGCGCUUGCCUAGUAGGUAUGAAGCCUGGGGUUCAACUCCCGGCACCACUGCAAAACAAACAAGUAAAACCACCUCACACAGUUGAGGAUUAUUAAAAAGAAAAGGAAAUAAAGCAGAGCAAAGAGGGGGAAGGAAGAGCAGAAGGCAGAGUGCCUGCAUUCUCAGGGCCACCUUGGGAGGUUGUGGGAGCUGAGGUGAGGCACAGCAGGUCAUAUGUACAGCUACCGCCUUUUUGUUCUUGGGGAGGAGGGAGCUGACCGUGGGAAAGAGGCCGAAGGGGCCGUCGAGGUGAUUCUGCAGCUUUCUGUGCAUUGUAGAGGGAGGUUGGAACAAUAUGGGGAUGGUAGGAAUUUUAUUUCUGCUUAAGAUGAGCGUAUAUGAAGAAAAGUAAUUGGCCUGAAGAGCCUUUGGUUCAAAUAUCCCUGUGUCCAAAUUUUCACUGAAUUUCCCUUCUGUAGACAUGAAUGAAUAGCAAAAGCAGUUGUUAUACAUACAAUGGCCAUCAAAUACUUGGCAUUUCUGCGUUCUGAGCAUUCUCAGGAAGACCUUGUGUCGUAUGCACUUAAGAACAAGGAAUCUGAGACACAGGGCGUUAAGUAGUGAUGUUCCCAAGCUUCUGCCUGGUGGAGUUAGAGGUCUCUCUCUACAUCCUAAGUAUCAAAUCAUUGUUCUCACUGCCUUCCAGCCGGGAAGGUUUCAUGUAGAGGGUCUAAAAUAAAAAAUCUACUUCAGUGAUCCCAGCAGCUUGGAAGACUGAGGCAGGAGGAUCAUGAAUUCAAAGCCAGCCUCAGCACUUAGUGAGACCUAAGUAAGACCCUGCCUCGAAAUAAAAUAUUAAAAAGGGCUAGGGAUGUGGCUUAGUAGUUAAGUGCCCCUGGGUUCAAUCCCCAGCAUAAAACAAAAACAAAACACAUACCUACUCCAUAUGGAUCACAUUCUCAGUAGUGCUCAGGUAUGUUUUAUUUUGUGAUAUUCCUGAGCAUCUUUUCUGUCUGACCAGGUUAUGGUGUUUGAGGUCAGGUGCUGUUUUUUGCUGUGCGUUCAUUAAAGUGGUUUUUGAAUGAAUAAGUGAACCAAACUAUUUCUCUAAUUCUCUGUAUGCCUGUGUGUUAAGAAAAGGACAACCACAGAGUCCCUUGCUGCCUGAUCUAGAAGUUCUCUUACCUGCCUUUGAUUCGAAAGUCUGAUGUGGUGUUUAAAGAAUUUCAUCUUUUUGCUCAUGACAGUGAAGCCAUAAAGCUAGAACUACAAUUAGAAAUGGCUGGUCCACUAUGUCCUACAAUGUUAUGCGAAAAACGUCUGCCACUGCCUCAUUCUGGGUAAUCCAGAGAUGUUUGGAAAGGAGACUGAAAUAAUAUUUCUGACGAGUAGUUACUGUCAGGCUCUUGCUUGGUGCUUUGCAAACCUUUAUAAAUGUAUUCCCAACACCAUCAUUCAAUACAUAUAUUACCUUGAUUUAAGAGGUGAAAUUUGUUUUGUGAAGUUAGGGCAACAGCUGAGAAGUGGCAUCUGGUUGGGAUGUCACAGUCAAGCUGGCUGGCUUCCAAGAAUUUGGCUUUUACCCACUGCUGCUUCCGGCACGGGGGCCAAGUCUCCCUUUCCCAGGUCGACCACAUGGCUCCACAGGUCUUGUCCCCUUUCUGCAUCAAGUGUCCCUUCGAUACGAAGUGCACUGCGUAUGGUGUAGCAGUUCAUCUCAUAGCCCAAGCUAAGCCUCUGAGCUAAAUCAGAAUUACAAACUAUAGGGCUGCCGAGCAGGCCCCUCCCCUGGUAGAGGUCAGUCCCACUGCUUAGGACCACUGGGUGGGGCUUGUUGGGUUGUUUUCUGAUUGAUUUUCUUGGCCAACAGUCUACGACACGGUAUCACAUCAUCUCUAGUUCUGUUUGCUUUGCCUUGAUAUAUUUUAGUUUCUGAAUUUCUGUCCAACACAGCCAACAUUUUGGCAUAUUCGUUUCUGAAUUCCUUCAGUGAAUUCAUAAUAGUAAAAAUAUUUUAUCGUUUAAAAAAUCCACACAAAGGCUGGAGCAUUGUCAGGGUCUAGCACUGCACACUCCCCAGGCCUCUGCUUCUCCAGCUCGGGCCUGAAGAACUCUCCAGGGGAGGCCAACCUCCCCAUUUUCUCUUCCCCAAGUUCCUUUAUUCUGCACCCUGUGGAAGUAGUACUUUAACUUGAGAUGAGCAAAGAAGAAUUCAAAUAGAAGAGAAAGGAAAGAGAGGGGUGGGGACCGUAGCCAAUGGUUCAUUUCCCUACCUAUGCGCCUAUUUACAUAAUUGUGUUGUUAUAACAUUUCCUGUGCUUUUCUGUAAGCUGAUGCUGCCCUAAUUAUAGAUUUUCGAGAGAACAUUUCAUUGUACCCCAAAUUACAUAGUGCUUUAAAAAGGUACCUUCUUACUGGUUUACCAAAUACCUUAUAAACUCGUAAUUACGUAAAACAAUUCAGGAUGAAGAAUAGAAACGGCCUGUACUGUUAGCAGAUGUUGGUAUUGUUACAUAAUUGAGUACAAGGCUUUCAAAGAUCUAUAAUAUUUUUCUUGUGUAAAAAGAAAAAAAUGACUCAUUACAGUCAUAAUGUGUCACUUAGUCUCCUGAUCAAACAGAACGCACAUGUUCUAUUUUGUGAGUUCUGUGCAGUUCAUUAUGAACGGACUUGCUUUUGUGGAUGUGAAAGGGCCACUUACUUCAGCAAAUUGCUUUUGUAGCAUAUGUACCUAUUUGUUAGACAGCUUGUGGGCACCUGGGCCAGGCAGGGACUGGCCCCCUUUGUCAUCUGCGCACCUGCACACUGUUGCCUUGCACCACGAAGCUCCGUGGAGGUUGCCAUCCUUAGCACUCUGGUGACUUCUCAGUGUCCCCUUCCCCAUCAGAGACCCUGUCAUGAUCCUUGGAAGCCUGGAAUGGGGCCCACUUCCUGUACAGAGGCUCCUCUUCUCCAUCAUCUGUGGGUCUGUCUUAAAGGGAAGCACCCUGGGCACACAGAGGGAGAUAGGUGCAGUUACUGGGUGCUGGCUCUCAGGCUUCAUUUUCAAUACUAUUGUUAAGGAGAAAAACGUCACCCAAUGGGUGGAGAACUUGUUUCUAAUCACCAAACAACAACAAAACAACCAAAAAAAAAAAAAAAAAGAAGAAGAAGAAGAAGAAGAAAAGAGGGUAGAGCUUUGUAUUUUUGAGAUAACCUUAUAUUUUCCUUUCCAGAGAAGAUUUGUCUCUUUGGAACAAGCCAACUCACUCAUUCCUCCAAGUUCUUGAUAUAUUAGCCUUAAGAUAGAUAAUUCCUUCCUCUAAGAAAACCAUCUCUUUUUUAGCAAGAAUUUUGAACUGAAAUGAGCUUCAUGUUUUCUUUUUUGGAACUUUUCUUCCCACCUCUAUUUUUAUAAUUCCUCCUUUAAAAACAAAGUCGGGAUUGUUGCUCACUGCUAUUGUGACUCCCAGUGGCACACUGAUUCGAAUUCACUUGGUCCAGUAGAUGAAAUUCAGGGGUGGGGCCGGUGUAGCUCCCUGGUGGAGUGGGUGCUUAGCAUACGCAGCACCCUGAGUUCCGUCCUCAGCACCCCAAAAAAACAGACCAACUUGCCAGUUAACAAAACAGAACCCCAAAUAUGGAUCGGUUCAUAAAUUUCAGUUGAAAAUAGCGCACUGGUCAAUGCAGUGUCAUUGACAUUAUCAAUUGUAUGUCAUUAAACAGCAAGGCUAACGGAAUGAUUUACUUUCAGUAUUUUACUGCUUUUUUCAGUGUGGGAGAAGCAAAUGCUGAGGAACUGGGACACAAUGUCAGAAACCGGGGCUCUCGGCUGUCAGCACCGCUGAUGCCUGCGUCGCCCACAGGGCUCUGGCUUUGGUGAGGAGGGUGGGAGCCACCACCUCGCCUGCCCCAGGUCUCUUCCCCAGUAGUGUCCAUUCCCAUCCCUGGCUGUGCUGGGAGGGCAGCUUUAGGUGGCUCAUACUGUGCAUUCUGCCCACUCUGUCCCUGUCCUCAUCACAGUGCUGGGUAUGGAGCCCAGGGGCGCUCCACCACUGAGCCACAUCCCCAGCCCUUAUUCUGUAUCUGGUUCUUUUUGAGACAGGAUCUCAUUAAGUUUCCCAAGCUGGCCUCCAGCUUUCUGUCCCGCUGCCUCAACCUCUGGAUUAGCUGGGUAUUUUUAUUGACUUUUAAGAUUUUGUUUCCCCCUCACGGUGCUCAGGAUCUAACUCAGGCCUUGCGUUCUACCUCUGAGCCACACCCGAGCCCUAUUUUGCUGACUUUUGAUUCCAAUUCACAGGUCCUUGAGGCUUCUUUGUAGUUUUGAAAAAAUAUUAUUUAUCAUAACAAACCAAACCUUAAAGUGUUGAACUUGCAGGUGUCAACACAGGUAUCCUGAGCUCAGCAGUCAGAUAAAUAAGGUCCACUCUGUAAGGUGAAAGGUAAUGACUAUGGCAAAGACACUCUGGCUCUCCCCACCCCUCCACACCCAAUAAAUUUCUGAGGUGAUAACUUGAACCAGAUAUUCUAGUUUCUUGGGACAUUGUUUUAUUUUCUUGCAUACUAACAUGGUAUUAAUAUUUCACCAGGCUGAAAUAUACACAGUAUUUCUGAAUGUGCACUUGUGAGAGAUGAAUACACUGUUACACUGAAGUUGAGAAUUUGAACUAUUAACUGAUCAAAUGCAUUUGUUCUCUGUGUAAAAUUUUGUUAUAACAGUGCUAAUUACUAAGCAGCUGAAUUUGUGAAAAAGUGCACAGCAGUAAUUUGCACCUUACUGUUGCUUUGCUAUUAAAAAAAAUUGUGACCACACAUACGAGGCAUAUGCAUUUGAUUUAUGAACUUCCCAAAGGCACGUUUAUCUGUGGAUCACUCAUGGUUUGACUUGUGUUCAGCAUUUGAUUUCUAUACCUGUGCUUUUGAGAUACUUAUUUUACUAUUGAGUACAGAACAGAACUUUUUCAAAAGAUAGAGUGACAUUUGAAGAUAAAAGAGUACAGCUAUUAAAUUACUAUGUGCUUUUAUUUAUUUUUUCUGCUAGUUUUAGAACAGCAAGAAAAAAUAUCUCCUUUGAAGUUCCUUCUUAGAAUGUGAAAUCAUGAACUGGAAUGGUCAGAUUUUAGG